AUGAGACAUCCAGCUGAUUCUCCAGCUUGGCAAACUUUUGACCAUCUACAUCCAGAAUUUGCUAAGGAUUGUCGAAAUGUUAGAUUGGGGUUGGCAUCUGACGGGUUUAAUCCAUUCAACAACAUGAGUUCUACACACAGUACUUGGCUUGUAGUUUUAAUACCAUAUAACUUACCUCCGUGGAUGUGUAUGAAGCAACCGUACUUCAUGUUGUCCUUGUUAAUACCCGGACCAUUCUCUCCUGGGAAUAAUAUUGAUGUUUAUCUACAGCCUCUAGUUAAAGAAUUGACCGAAUUGUGGGAUUUUGGCAUUCAAACUUAUGAUGCAUCCCAAAAAGAAAAUUUUCAAUUGCAUGUAGCUCUGUUGUGGACCAUUAGUGAUUUCCCUGGAUAUGCAAUGUUAUCUGGCUGGAGCACUAAAGGUGAAUAUGCUUGUCCUGUUUGUCACAAGUUCACUCAUGCACGACGGUUGACUCAUAGUUUCAAAUAUUGCUAUAUGGGUCAUCGGAGAUUCUUAGAUAGUAAGCAUAAAUUUAGAAAGCAAGCCCAAUUCUUUGAUGGCACCGAAGAACAUGGAAAGCGACCACCUUUGCAAACCGGGGAUAUGAUUAAUGUUUGUGAAAAUAUUUGGGGGACAUUGCUGGAUAUUGAGGAUAAAGCAAAGGACCAUUAUAAUUCCCGCCGUGAUUUGAGAGAAAUGGGAAUAAGAAAAGAGCUGCAUCCCAUUGAGACAGAACCUGGAAAGCAAUUGAUGCCUAUAGCUUUGAGAAAGACUUUGCCAAAAUCAGUGCGCUAUCCUUUGAUUCGAUUGAGUAGAUACUUCAGGCAGCUUUGUUCUAAAGUUAUUUGUCCUCAAGAUGUGGUUCGUUUGGAAAGUGAAAUUGCCGUCAUACUCUGCGAUCUUGAGAAAUGCUUCCCACCAACCUUCUUCGAUGUCAUGGUGCAUUUAGUUGUUCAUUUGGCAACUGAAGUGAAAUUAGGUGGCCCGGUGUAUUAUCGUUGGAUGUAUCCUAUAGAGAGGCCUGAAGGUUCGAUUGCUCAAGGGUACUUGGCAGAAGAAUGCAUUAACUUUUGCUCAUUGUAUCUUGCGGACUAUGUUGAGACAAAAUUCAAUCGUCCAAGCAGAAAUGAAGAAGUACAUAAGGAAAUUGAAGAUGGUUUAGAUAUAUUCUCUGAAUCAGGACAUCCUUUGGGGAGGGGCAAGCCAACAGUCUUUGAUGCUCAUAUCUUGAGUAAAGCACAUCAGUAUAUUUUAUUUAAUUGUGAUGCUGUCACACCUUACAUAGAGCAGCAUCGUAUAUUGAUAGAAGAAUGA